CAGAGUAUAGUACAACUGCAGAACAUCCUCUGUGAAGUGAUGGCUGGAGUAAUGCUUUGUUCACAGUCCUCAUAUCGGAUCGGAACACUGAAAGAUGAGAGACCCUUUCUAUAAAAGGAAGAAAAACAGUAUAUGAAAUACUGUAAUUGCUUAAAUGGUUUGCACGAUGUGUUAUUUUUAUAUUUACUAACUUUAUUUUAAUGGUCCUAUAUCAACUUCCCUCUUUCCAAAGCACCACCGAGAGGUGCUUGCACUUGGCGCCUCAAUAUAGUACAGUAUUAGACCUGAGAUUGGGAAAAGGGAGGGCGAGGCAAAUUCGCUUCCAUCCUAAACAAAACACUGCAAUGUGAUUACACAUCGAGAUUUUAGUUUACAUUAUUUAAAGAUCAAUGACAUACAUAAAACGUUAGCAAUUAAGAUAUGUUUAUCUCUAGGAAGCGAGUCGGCAUUGCAUUUGUUUUUCUAACAUAAGAUAAAGCUGUCUUUAAUCGGUAGAGCACAGGGGCGAGGCAUUCCGUUCACAGUAGUCUGGAAAAUUUUUGCUUAGCUUCCGUGCCAGGGAGGCAGAUAAUACAAUGUCUGCAUAAUGACCAGAAGCGUCUGUGUCAGCCUCUGGUCUCCCAGUUUUCGUAGUGAACCAGGUCUCUGCCAGUUAGACAGGGUAGUUGGUUAAUUAGUGCGCAGACGCGCUGGAGGCUCCCUGGACUGUUACACUCGGACUGAGUGGUUGCAGCCAGUGAAAUUGCUCCGGGGCGAUCCGCCGCACAGAGCAGCCCAGGCUCCGCGCAGCUCCUUGAUUCUCUCUCACAGUUUGUCACUAUAUCCAGCAACGGACGGCGCCUCUACAAAUGAGCGGCUCCUUCUCUGAAAGAUGGCAAACGGGUUCAUUAAGCCUUUAGCCACACUGUACAGAGAAAGAAUACUUACAAUUGUAUAUUCCGGGGCGUUUUAUUUGCAAACCUUGCUUUGGAUUAUUUGUUUCGUUUGUGGUGAGGAACAAUCGUUCAGCGUGGAGAUAUGGUUACAGAAGUAUGGCUAUCUUCAAGCUAGUGGACCCAGAAUGUCAGUGUUGCGUUCUCCACAGUCCAUGCACUCAGCUGUAGCUGCUAUGCAGCAAUUCUAUGGAAUUAAAGUUACGGGGACUUUGGAUGAAAACACAAUAGAUUGGAUGAAGAAGCCCCGAUGUGGUGUGCCUGACCAGUUUGGCAGCAGCAUUAGAUUUAAUAUUAGAAGAAAGCGAUACGCAUUAACAGGACAGAAGUGGCAUCAUAAAUAUAUCACUUACAGCAUUAAGAACUUCACCCCAAAAGUGGGAAAGGUUGAAACACACGGAGCGAUACGUCAUGCCUUUGAUGUGUGGCAGAAUGUAACUCCCCUGACAUUUGAAGAAAUACCAUAUGAGGAGUUGGGAAACAAGAAGAGAGAUGUGGACAUUACAAUUAUUUUUGCUUCUGGUUUCCAUGGAGAUAGUUCACCGUUUGAUGGAGAAGGUGGCUUUCUCGCACAUGCUUAUUUCCCAGGUCCUGGUAUUGGGGGCGACACUCACUUUGACUCCGAUGAACCUUGGACAUUAGGAAAUCCAAACCAUGAUGGAAAUGACUUAUUUCUGGUUGCAGUUCAUGAGCUUGGCCAUGCCCUUGGCCUGGAACACUCCAAUGAUCCCAGUGCAAUAAUGGCUCCAUUUUACCAGUAUAUGGACACAGAACAAUUUCAACUGCCGCAAGAUGACUUGCAGGGCAUACAGAAGAUAUAUGGCCCACCAGAAAAGAUUGCACAACCAACAAAACCUUUAACCACAGUGCCACCACAUCGCUCCAAUCCACCAUCAGAUCCUCGGAAACCUAACAGACAACCACGACCUCCUCGCCCACCUACCAGGGAUAAACCUUCCCAUCCGGGUAUUAAGCCCAAUAUCUGUGAUGGAAAUUUCAAUACAUUGGCCAUUUUACGUGGUGAAAUGUUUGUUUUCAAGGACCAAUGGUUUUGGCGAGUUCGAAACAACAAAGUUUUGGAUGGUUAUCCCAUGCAAAUUGCCUAUUUCUGGAGAGGUUUGCCCUCUAAUAUUGAUGCGGUUUACGAACGGCCUGAUGGAAAAUUUGUGUUUUUCAAAGGUAGCAAGUAUUGGGUCUUCAAAGAAGCUACACUGGAAUUAGGUUAUCCUCAGAAUUUGGUGGAACUAGGAAGUGGUGUACCUUCCCAGGGCAUUGACACAGCAGUGUGGUGGGAAGACGUUGGCAAAACCUACUUCUUCAAAGGAGACAGGUACUGGAGAUAUAAUGAAGAAACACAUGUGGUAGACAGUGGUUAUCCCAAAUCUAUUUCAAUAUGGAAAGGAAUUCCUGAAUCUCCACAAGGGGCCUUUGUAAGCAAAGAAAGUGGAUAUACAUUUUUUUACAAAGGAAAAGAAUACUGGAAAUUCAAUAACCAUGAACUCAAGGUGGAACCUAAUUACCCAAAAUCAAUACUUAAAGAAAUGAUGGGAUGUGAUCGAACUAAGACAGGAAACAAAGACAGGCAUGAUACACAAGAGGAUGUUGACAUUGUGAUUAAAAUUGAUAAUACUUCUAGCACUGUGAAUGCCAUAGCCAUUGUUAUUCCUUGCACUCUGGCCUUGUGCUUUCUGGUAUUGAUUUACACAGUGGUUCAAUUUAAGAGGAAAGGAAUGCCACGCCACAUACUAUACUGCAAGCGAUCCAUGCAAGAAUGGGUGUGAUUGUAGCAAAAGGAAGCAACAUGAAAUUUCGACAAGUGGGCAAUAACGCUGGAACCCAGCAAUGAGCAGGCAAUGUCUCUGCCUGAGACAUAUGAAUCAUGGCUGAUUUUCUCAGAGUCGUCUGUUCUGAGUUUGAGUGGAGAUUAUAAAAGAGAGAGGAGAAAGCUUUCAUAAUACACGGUAUCACCUGUAUUUCAGUCCUUUGUCUUUCUUUGGUGCAUCAUUCCGUAUAGGCCUUUUAUCUGCAAGCUUGAUGCCCUCGUGGAUUUUGAUUCCAGGUUAAGAAAACGGAAAACAAAGAACAUAUUUAUCAAGACUGGUACUGGUGAACGUACUUGUCAAGACUGGUACUGGAACGUAUUUUGAGGACACUUCUGGUGACUUGAUCUUUUCUCUAGGCAAGGAAUACCCUUGAAAUUUUGCAUUAAUUUUCCAAAGUGGAUCGCUGACUAUCUAUUGAAGAAAUAUUGCUGCAUUUGAUCCUUGUAUGUAGCAGGCUAGAAUUAUAAAAUACAGAAAAUCAAAUGGUUCAAGUAACAGGGGCCAAAAUAUCUGCAAUAUUGUUAACAGCCUUAAAUAUAUUUUUCAUUUUUGUUUUUUUAAAAGUUAUUUUGGGUAAAAUCAAUGUGUGGGAUUUUUCAAUUACUGUUGUACACAUAGACAAAUUCAGAAGAGUUGAAGAGUUCUUAUAGAUUGGUUUUCAAGCUGCCACUCACAGGGGCUGUUCAAACUUCUCUGAACCCACUAAGAGUGGUUUAGCAUAGAUUUUUAUUUUUUAUUUUUUCUAGCUUAGAUAUUUAAGAAUUGUGGAAUGAGAGAAAUGCAUUUGUUGUAAAAACUAACAGUGAAGUGACUUCUGAAAUUGCUAUGAGAAUGGCCUCAGCAUAUAUAAAUAUAUGUUAUAUAAUGAUAUAGAUGAAUUUCUAAUUGGUUGAAAGAGAUAUGCAUUAAUGAACGACAUACAAUCAAAACUGAGCUCUCUUUCUCAGCUGAUUGUAUUUUAAUGCUCAUGUGAUAUUUUUAACUAGGGUUAUUAAGUAAGAUGCUUGUUGAUUGUUACAGAGAUCAGUUGUAUCUGGGCAUGUCUUAAUUGCCAAUGACCAAUAUUUAUUGCUAUUAUAUACAGACUGAGCCGAUGGUAGCAGUGCACACCAGCCCUAUCAGCAUUCAGUAUUAAAUGUACUAAUAACAAUUUACAAUGUCAUAGUGUUCUAAAGUUACGCUUGCAGUAACAGACAGGUAGAAAUUGUGGAAGUCCACAUUUGAAUAAAUUCUGUUUGAAGUUCUGUAUGUCUUAGCAGUGAGUUUUGGAUCAGUGCAAUGAUCUUCAUACAUUAAAAUUUUCACAUUUCAUUCUCCAUUCUCAUUGUAUGAAUAUCAGAAAUUCACUUUACUCAGCAGCAGAGGUCAGGAGAACAGAAAGUAUUUUUAAAAAUCAGCAGGUUAUUUAUUGAGCAAAAGGACAUCAGACAUGGGCUUCUUUCAGCUUCUACCUUACCAUAACACAAUUAUUGUGUUUUCAUGUGGAAUACUUUUUCCACAGUGUUUCAAAGCCCAGUGACUGAUUGAAGUUUUGGAUGGUUUUAAGAGCUGCUUCCCCUGGGAGCCAGCUUGUCAAUGGGCCAUAGACUGAUGCAACAGACUAAUAUGAAAGUUACAGAUAUCAAAGUUUGUGUUUGUUUGGAAGUAAGUUUUUUUUUAAAAACAUACAUCGUCACUUCAAUACUGUUUCAAACUAUUAUAAUCUGAGAAUUUUGUAUGUCUUAAUUCAGAAAAUGUUCUACAUCAUAAAAUUGUUUUCCCUUUUUCCUGUGUCUACUCUGACCUUUAGCUGCCAUUUAUAAAAACAUUUAACAGGAAUGAAAACUAAACAGACAUAAUUGACUGGACCUAUUAUUUCUGUUAUUAGCCACAGUUAAAGAUAAUUGUUCUUUCCAGUAUGAUCUACAGUAUUGGACUUACCAGACUGUAAUUUAUAGAUGUUUAAAAUCAUCUUCAAAGGGUACUGUUGUUUGAACAAACGUUCUUUCCAUUGCAAUUAAUCUUACACCUUUUUUUUGCAGUAAUUCCAGCUGUCCAUUUUAUUUGACUUUUGAAAACUGCUAGACAAAUUACUUGCAGAACAGCUUGAUACUAAGUGAUUCUAUUAUUGGCAGGAAUAGCUAGAUUUUCUGUUGAUAUUCAGGGAAAGCCAUCCUAUUUUCCCCAAAAUUUGAGUUGUCACCAUCUAUUACUUUACCAAUUCAUUGCAUGGACCUAUUGAAUAUAAUAUACUGAACUGGGAUAAAAAUUACUUCCUUUAAUCUCUUCCAAUUAGUGGUUACUCUGAGGUGGAUGGAAGUCAAGGAAGUAGGAGAAUUUUACUCCACAUAUGAACAUAGCUUGUCAUAGGUAAUGGAUUAUUUAUGUUUACAUUCUUCCUGCUAGAACCCUUUGACUGCUAUGGGUGGUCAUAUUGAAUAUAUAUUAAGUGUUCAAAUCAACACAUCAGUUGCCUCACACACAACCAUGGCAAUCAAAGAGUUAAGGGUUGUGCAGUAAAUGUUUUGUAUUUAUCAAUUCAUAUUUAUUGUCAGCUUAAGUGUCUUUCCUUGGGAAGGCUUUUAUACUAUUAUAUAUCUUAUGUACGUAUUUGACAUCACUGUUUCAUUGUGUUGUAUUUUAAAAAAAAAGGGAAAAAAUCUGUCAAUAAAUGAGA